AUGACUACGCAAGCCAAUGUUGACGAUUUUGGCCUGCCCAUCAGGCGGUAUCCGACCCCAAAGAACGACGAACCUACCGAAACAUCUACGGAAGAGAAGACUACCUCGAAUCCAGUAGCAGAUGCCACCGGCGGUGAGCAACCGAUAGCCCCUGAGGCAAAGGCCGACAAGACCGACCAUCAGACGACAACCCCUGCUGUCGACACUGUCACAGAUGACGAUAAGAGCGACACUUUCGAAGAUGCUCGAUCUGAACCGUCGAGUCCCAUCAAAGUCCCUGCCUCGAAAGCAACCAAUGUUGCCCAAGAGUCACCCACACUGACCGAUACCAAGUCUGAGGAACAAAAGGCACAUGUCGAACCUGAAAGCACGACUCCUCAUGAUAGCAAGGCGAAAGAGUCUGUAGGCGCAACACCAGAGACACAGCCCGAGGCAAAACCAGAGGCAGAGCAUACUCAUAAGCCGGCGGAUAUCAACGCAGCUACGGGCAAGCAGGAGUCUUCUGAGCCUGCCGACAUCACCCCAGCUCCUGCUUCACCGACGCAAGCCAAACGAGGGGAAGUUUCCGAAUUCUCUCACCAAAAGGUUUCUACAAAAGCAGAAGAAAAACAUGAAGGUGAAGAAGAAGUUGAAUGGCAGGAAAUGCCCUCUUACGCCCGAUACGAUAUGUACAACGACGACGAUAAACUAGUUGCCAAGGAAUAUGACCCAGAGGAGGAUGAAUCAUACCAGUACGGAGGGCUCGGUGGUGCCGGAAAGGGUUAUACCCGCGUCUUUCUCGAUGACGAUGCAGAGUCCGCGACGAGCAUGGACGAAAACACGAAUUAUCUUUUCAAGAAGACAAACGGAACCAGCAUGGUAGACGAUGAUGAGGGGCGUGACGCUGUCGAACAGAUGCAAGCCACUAAAGAUCUCUUGACAGAAGGUCAAAAGGUGGCAUACGUUGGAUUGGUCCGUCUGGAAAUUGUCAAGCUAGUGAGAGGGGAGGAGAAGAUGAAAUCGUUCAAAAAGACAAAGAAAGAAGUCGGCGUUGCUGUUGAAUCCAUGAUGAUGUGGGGACAAAAGAUGAUGCUUCGGCUUUACGCUCACAUGGAAAUCAACGAAGCAGAGCAGAUCAUGAUCGAACAGUUGGCCGAGCAUGGAGUGAUGUCACAGGACUUGUCGCCAGCUCUCAACACCAAUUCCCGAGUAGCAAACCCCAUGGCGGAUGGCGAAUCUUCUAUGCCAGGCACCCCAUCAUUGGACGAGAAACCUGCAGAGGUACCACCGCCAUAUGAGGCACUCGACGGCAAAGAGCUCACCGAUGUCAAAACGCCGUCACAACUCCCUACUACUGCAAAGCUUGACAUCGAUCUGCGGUGGACAGUACUUUGUGAUCUAUUUCUGCUAUUGAUUGCCGAUUCUAUCUACGAUGCACGCUCCAGAGUUCUCCUGGAACGAGUUGGUGAGAGCCUUGAUAUCACAUGGAUCGAUAUAUGCCGUUUCGAGAAGAAGGUUACAGAAGCACUAGAGAUGCAGCAGGCUGCUGAAAAGGAGAACUGGAACGAGGAAGAGCAUACAGAAACUCGCAGAAAGAAGGCAUUAACUCGACGUUAUGUCAUGAUGGGUUUGGCUACAGUGGGCGGUGGACUAGUAAUUGGUCUCUCAGCAGGACUCCUCGCUCCUGUCAUCGGCGCUGGCUUGGCAACCGGUUUGACAGCUGUUGGAGUGACAGGUACUAGCAGCUUCCUUGGUGGUGUUGGAGGCGCUGCCAUCAUCACAUCAGGUGCAGCAGCAUCAGGAAGUCUCAUUGGAGGUAGGGCUGCGAACCGAAGAACCGGUGCGGUCAAGACAUUUGAAUACCGGCCCCUCCACAACAACAAGCGGGUUAAUCUUAUUGUGACCAUUUCGGGGUGGCUGACGGGUAAGGUGGAUGAUGUCCGAUUGCCUUUCAGUACGGUGGACCCUGUCAUGGGCGAUCUUUAUUCAGUGCUCUUCGAGCCUGAGAUGCUUCGAAGUAUGGGUGACACGAUCAACAUCCUGGCUACCGAGGCCCUCACAUCAAGUAUUCAACAAAUUUUGGGUACGACCAUCUUGGCUGCUCUCAUGUCGGCUAUCCAGCUACCGAUCAUUCUGACAAAGCUCUCCUAUCUUAUUGAUAACCCAUGGGCUGUUUCUCUGGACCGAGCCACUUCUGCCGGCAAAAUUCUGGCAGAUUCUCUGCUUGAACGUAACCUAGGAACCCGACCGAUUACGCUGGUUGGGUUCUCAAUUGGAGCGCGAGUCGUCUUCUCAUGCCUUCAGGAGCUCAGCAAGAAAGGGGCCGUUGGUGUCAUUCAGAACGUCUACAUGUUUGGUUCCCCCAUUGUGGUAAAGAAAGAAGAGUAUAUCAAGGCCAAGACUGUGGUUUCUGGACGAUUUUUAAAUGCUUACAACCGGAACGACUGGAUCCUUGGUUAUCUGUUUCGACUCACAAGUGGAGGUAUUCGCCGGGUAGCAGGUUUAGCUCCGAUCGAUGAAUGCCCUUUUGUUGAGAAUAUGGACGUGACGGAUCUUGUCAAUGGUCACAUGGACUAUCGUCAGAAGAUGCCGUCGUUGUUGAUGAGGUGUGGGUGGUACGUUGAAAGCGAGGAGUUUGCCGAAAUUGAGGAUCCGGAUCCCGACAAUCACAAUGUGCGACAGAGAGAGUUGAUCAAUGAGAUCGAGGAGGCACGCAGAAAUCUUGAAAAGGAGGGUAAGGCUAAGAAGUCUGGGCGGUUUAGCUUCUUUGGCCGACGAAAGAACGCAGGGAAGCAGGAUUGGGAGAUCUACGAAGACGCAAAGAACAAAGGAGAAGCCAAAGAGAAGCCCAAGGAAGGGGAUCAGGGCGAGAGCAACACUGGUGUGCUUUUCGACAUCGACGCCAUCCGGGCAGAAAUUGCUAAGGAUGCUCGGGAUCACUACGCCAGCCCCGAAGACCUCCAGGUGAAGGAAAUCAAGUCAACGCUGCCUCCGAUGAAAUUGGAUGUGUCAUCACUUCCGGCUUCUCCUUCUGUCGCUGCCAAUGGUUCAAGAGCAGAAUCUCGGACAGACCUAUCGACAGCACGAGACUCGCACGAGGCGAGAGGCUCACAGGAGCGGUCUCACAGUUACACGCCUAGUUACACCAAACAACCAUCACCACCGCCUGGGUGCAGCUCGCCGUAUGGCGGUGGGGCUGGGUCGGGGUACGGCAACACAUAUGGCUCGGGCCGGCACGAUGAGGACGACAUUCAAAUGACAUUUGAUACCUCAUUUGACGAUCAUUCACGGUCGACAACGGCACUGCCUAAUGAGGAGACACCAACUCGACCACAGAUGAAAACGGCGCAGACGCUGCCUGCGAUGACAUUGCAUGAACCAUGGGGCGAUUCGGACGAUGAUGAUUUUGGCAAGGAGAAGGAGAUUUCAAUGACAUUCGCUUAA